AUGCGAGCCUCGGAUUUUGGGGUGCUGAGUCCCCAGGAGCAGGGGGAUACGAGACCCCAGGUUCGGAUUGCCCAGCCCCGGUAUCGGGGGUGUGCGAGCCCCCGGUACGCGCUCCGCGAGCCGGCGGAGCGAGCUUCCCGCAGCCCCGGUGCGGGGGUCCCGAGCCCCGGCCCCCGCUCCCCGCUCCCCCCUCCCCGGRCGAUGCAAAAUAGAGGGRGGAAACUGCCCCUCUGCCCACAGCAUCACCCCAGAGCCACUGGGGCUCAGGAGGAGCUGAAAGAGGCGUCGAGUGRGAGCACAGCACAGUCCUUGUGUCACCCCAGCAAUCCCGGGGACGCUGUCACAUUUGGGAGAUGUCCUGGAGCGCCGCUGCUGCCACCUCCCUGCCAGGAGGAGAGGGGUUUCAUCCCGGUUAGCUCAGGGCACAGAGCUGAGAAGCUGCUCUGCCCCCCAUUUCCCACUCCGGGGGAGCUGCCAGGGCCCCCCGCCCCCCGAAUUGCACAAAGCAGCAGCACCCGGAGAGGAGGAAGCAGGAGGGAGACACCCGUCCGCACCCCAAGGCUCAGCCCCAGAAGGGAUUUAAGCUCCCUCGCCCCGAGCAGCCCCAGCGGCGGUGGCAGUGGCCCGCUCUGCGCCACCAUGGGCACAGCUGGACUCUUCAUCCUCAGCCUGGGAGGCUCCGUCCUGCUCCCAGCUCUGGCUCCGGCAGGCACCGAGGGGAGCCAGAUCAUCGGGGGAAAGGCAGCGGUGCCCCAUUCCCGGCCCUUCAUCGCCUCCAUCCAGAUGGACGGGCAGCACGUCUGCGGGGGCUUCUUGGUGUGGCCCAAGUGGGUGAUGACAGCUGCCCACUGCUUCGUGCCCAGGGGCAGCCCCUCGGUGCGGGUGGUGCUGGGAGCCCACCGGCUGCAGGAGCCCGAGGCGUCCCAGCAGAUCUUCGGUGUGGCCGAAUCCAUCGCCCACCCGCUCUACAACCCCCGCGCYGUGGACAACGACAUCCGCCUGCUCCGGCUGAACAGGUCGGCCACGCUGAACGAGUACGUGAAGCGGAUCCGCCUGCCCCGGCCGCGCACCGACCUGAAGCCCGGCACUGUGUGCUCCGUGAUGGGCUGGGGGGACAUCUCCAACUUCGAAGACCAGCCGGCCGAGCUGAUGGAGACCAACACCACCAUCGUCAAGCGGAGCCUGUGCCGGACGCUGUGGAGGGGCAAAGUCUCGGCCAACAUGCUGUGCGGGGCCAGCCGCAACGCCACGCUGCAGGGUGUCUGCGCUGGCGACUCCGGGGGACCCCUGGUGCUCAAGGGAAAGGUUUAUGGCAUCGUCUCCUUCUCUGGGCAGAGAUGUGGGGACCGCCGGUUCCCCGAUAUCUACACCAAAAUCUCCAACUACAUUGAGUGGGUGCAUCACAUCGUGCGAGGGUCCCGCCACCGCAAGGGGCGGCCAGAGCCCUAGCGUGGUGAAAAGGAGUUCUGGGGCAGGAGGGGCUGAGAUGUCCCUCGGGAGGGGAGAAGAAGGCCAGAACUCCCACUUCCUCCAGCUCUGAGCUGAUGCCCGUGGGUUCCUUUACCCAGGUCAGGGCAGGAUUCACCUCUGCCCAUUGGUGAGGGGUAUUUUGUACCCCCUCGGCUGUACCAGAAGCCYCUCGUGCAUCCUCUCACAGUGGCAAGGUUUACCUUCCUCAAUAAACCCUC